AUGAGCUUCGACAUGCGGUCCAUGUCGUAUUCACUCGGCAGCGAUGCUAUGCAAUUUCCUCCCUCUGGCCUGCAGCGGAAACACAUCUGCGGCCUGGUGGUCGCAGAUUUCCUGAUAACAGGUACAUCUGCUGGAGAUGUGUGUGUGUUCAGCUUGAAGACGAAGGUUUUCCGCACCGCCCUUCCCAUUUGCAACAACGGUGUUACAGGGAUAGCGCAGUAUGGAGACUUCCUCUUCGUGGCUGGUGGCGACGGCAGGGUAAAAGCGGUUCGUGGCUUUGACACGCAUUGGGACGUCCUCGCAGAGAACGUGCUAGAAGCUGGAGUGACGGCACUGACGCCUUCGGCCGAUGGUGCAGAGCUAAUUGCUGGUACAAGGAAUGGCAAGAUGUGGAGACUUCUGUCCUCGGAUCUAACAGCCACCUUGCAAAGCGCCUCGCACACUGGCGAGGUGACAGAUAUUUCGUUUGGAGCGAAAAGCGAUGUGGUGUGCACCACAUCGGACACCGGUGAGGUGUUCCUCCUGGACCUUUCGGACUACAUGCCCGUCACCUCGGCCCUGGCGAAGUCACCGGUUCGAAGUGCCGUCAUUGCCAGCAAUGGAGAGAUCCUUGCUGGUUAUGACGAUGGCUUCCUGCGCGCAUGGUCUGCCGAGAAGGGCAGCAGCAGACUGCUGUGGCAGGUGAACUGUCACAGGCAAGGGGUGACAGUGGUGCGGGAGUCCUCCAACUUCAUCGUGACCGGUGGUGGAGACAGUGCCGUGCGCUUCUGGCAGCGAAGCUCCAGGGAACUGCUUUCGUCUUUCCAAAAUCACCGCAAGCCAGUAGCUGACCUCGUUUUAGACGAG